AUGGUAUCUGAUCUCAAAGCCUUCUUCACAUCAGAGCUUGCAGUGCUCAAGGAAAAACUGGGCACGCUGACAGGCCAGAUAAGGGCCACGGAGGAUGAAGUACAUGACCUGCGAGUCAAACAAGACUCCACAACAAAGCAAGUGCUCGAGAUCUCCACCACGUGCGAACAACUGAACGCACGAGUCGGACAACUAGAGGACUCAUCUUGCCAACGUAAUCUGAAGGUAAGGGGGAUCCCUGAAACAAUAUCCGUGGAGGAACUGCCGCAAUUUAUCCGAAGGCUGUUCUCUGCUAUACUACCGCCAAAACAGGACAAGGGAUUGUAA